AUGUCGGAACCUUCGACGCCUCGGCGUGCUGCAUCUGGCAGUUCUCGGAGCACCACUACACCUGCCACCCCGUCUACACCGCCGGGCACGCCUGGCGUUGCGUUCGUCGCCGACGACAUGGACGAUCCCACCUCCACCCCCUCGCGCGCUCCCACGUCGGGCGGCGCGGGCGGCGCAGGCGGCGCAGGCGACGACUCGGACAACGAAGACGAGGUUCCCGACUACCUCCGCCUUCUUUCUUCAUUGCAGCCGCGCUCCAAGUCCUCCUCGGGCAUCGUCAUCCCCAAACGCGGCGAGAAGGACUUUGAACCUACGGGCUUCGGUGGCCAGUCCAAGCUGCUCGAGCGCAGUCGCCAAGCCAUGUACCAGGCCGUGUCGGGCUCGCGCACGGUUGGGUCUCGCUCGCUCGUCCGUGCCACUUGGAAUCCGCGCAGCCGCCGUGCGCGCAUCCACGACGUGCAGGGCAAGAUCUUCGAGACGGUCGGCGUGAUUCGUCGCACGCCCACCACCGACUCGACAGGCAAGACCGUCACGCAGGCGACCAACGAGUUGCUGCCGGAAGAGGCGCUCUUUCUGGCCGAGCGCGGCAGCCUACAGAUCUACACGCAAGCAGAGGACUCGGAUGCUCUGGCACCCAUGUCGCUGCAGCAGGCAUUCGCAGCGCUCAUGCUCGCCUCGGACGAGGCGGCCGACGAGCCAUUGACGCGCGAGGCGUAUCUGAUCUAUGCGCAUCUCAAGCGGCUCGGGUACGUGGUUCAGCGCGCGAGCAUCGUGGAUGCCGUGCGUGCCGCUCCCAUCCCGCCGAGCAAGGCAAGAGCGCAGGGCAUCGUUGCAGACCCGCAACGCCCCAUCAAGCUCGUCACGCUCUGGGAUGUGUUGCUGUACGUGCCGCGGCGCAUUGCGCAGCUGGGUGCCGAUGCGGCACGUGCCGUCGCACGAUGGAUGCAGCAUGCAUGGCGCAACACCAUCGGCCGAGUGCUGGCACUGAUCGGCGCGCGGUUUGCACGCAUCGCAACCAGUGGCUCCCGCAAGCCAGGUGCGGUGGGGCUGUCGCUCGGCCUUGGCGGCUACGACGACGUACGCCGCUUCCUACCUCACCAAGCGUCGUGGACCAGCUACGACGACGUGUUCACCUCGAUGCAAAUGGUACCCUCUGGUCACGACUUUUCGCUCCCUCUCACAUCCACCCCCACAGCCGCCGCGGGGGAGGGGGAGGCGGGGUUGAAGCCUUUCUACUACGCGUGGCGGCCAGCCACGGUGUAUCGCAAGUCGCACCCGCCGGCGCCCGAGUUCCGCAUCGUGAUUCUCAACGCACGCACUACGCCGCUUCCGAGCGUAUGGCAAUUCGGCGAGGUGUUUGCGCACAUCCCGAUGCCCGGAUCGGACGCCGAGCUCAUCGCAUCUCUGCCCUCGCAAGGCGAAAUGGGCCAGGAGGAGUUCAAGCAGCGCGUCGAGUACGAGAAGCAGCUCAAGGCGGCCAACGACGCCAAGAACCGCGCCGCAUACGGCAAGUUUAGCGAGGGCAAGCAGAAGCAUCUGCGCGAAAAGGCGGCUGCGCGCCAGGCGGCCGCCGCGAACAGGGCCGCUUCCAACGCCGCCAACCAAGGUCGCCUCGCCGCGAUGCUGCAUACACUCACCCGCACCGCCGCAGCAAGGUGGCUGUGGAGGCUGCUCAAGCUGGAUUACGAGGUGCUGCGCAUGUGGGCGAGACUCUUCCGACACUGUCCUCCCGGAUGCUGGAGCGACAAGGCGCGGUAUCAGGCGCGACGCCCACAGCAGCGCAACAACGCUGGCGCCAACGUCUUCCCCCCGCUCAAGGCGGGCCGACGAUCCGUGGUGCUCGCCAUCGUGGAUGGAAGCAUCACCACGCUCUUGCGGUUCGGCGAAUCCGAGUUCGCCCAUUGGAGGCUCUUUGGCGACGCCGCACCGGCCAUCACGCAGUUUGCCUAG